AUGGAGAAUCUGUCCAAUCUUAAAAUCGCUGGAAACACCGUUGAAUAUCGUAUUUAUAGUGCAGACCUACUGACCUCACAAGAUGUGCCCAAAUGCAAUGAACAACUACAGGAUCGGCGUAGUCAAUAUAUUACUUAUCUUAGGUCGUAUCUAGUCGAAUACAUCUGGCAUAACGAAUCCUUUAACCUUCGAGUGAUUCCACCUACAGCUGCUUGUCCAGCUCACCUUUAUGGCUCGACUGAGUUUGCAGACAAUAUUGAUGAUGAAUGGUUUAUCGUCUUCUUAUUGUGGAAAAUAACUUCGACAUGGGAUGACGUUAUUGUUAGCAUUUGGGACAAUGAUGAGCAAUUUUUACUCAUUGAAGCUGCAAAUGACCUACCGAGCUGGUUAGAGCCCAAUACUAGCGAUAAUAGGGUCUUUAUUUAUAACGGUUUAUUACAAAUCAUUCCCCUACCUAACACACCAGCUGAACUCUCGUCUUUACCAGUCGGCCAACUUUCAAUAGGCAAAGCUUUGGCAAUUGUCACGUCUCAAAAAGUAAAUACUGUGGCGUCUUCCCCUAUCCAACAGGCAAUUCUCAAUCGUAUCGAAGAGUAUCCAGAAAAAUUAGUAUUAAAUAAGCACAGAGCUCACCUUUAUGUUCCAGCUAAUGUAGCGUAUAUCCUAAAAACAAGACCUGGACUUCUUUCACCAGCUGUACAAGCAUUUUACGAACGCGAUCCCUUAGACCUUAAGGUAUGCCGCUUGAUGAAGCAUUUUCCUCCUGAUACUUGCAUAAAAGCUGAGAUUACAUUCACAAGAUGCUUGUAUGCUCAGCUGCUGCAACAAAAGUUCAAACCGGAUAAGCGCAGCUCUUGGAAACUACCGUCUCAAUAUCACCCAGAAUAUAAAGCUUAUGAGCUUGGAAUGAAACUAGCAUGCGGAUUUGAGAUACUAUGUAGCAGACAUGAGAGUAAAUCAGGCCAAACCCCGCAUACUACACGUGCAUUGGAGAGUUAUCUGUCUAAUUUGAAAAAGCAUGGGUACUUUCAGAAUGAGAUAGAAGGUUCUCAAAAGUAUCAGAUGCUACUUGAUGCUGCAAAGCAAUAUUUCAUUAAUCCAUCGCUGGGAGGUGAUAUUGAUCAUCCUGGUUGUGAAGUUCUUAAUAUCCUCCGAACCGCAAAUUAUAAAAUCGAAGAUUUAAAGAGAGCGUCUGAAUCAUUGCAGCGGGAAGACGAUGAUAGUUGGUUAGAAUUGUCAUCUCAAGAAGUUGAUAGUAUGAUUGAAAAGGCGAAAGGAAACCUAGAUGAAUUAAAUACAGAAGAUUUAGAUUUCGAAGUUGACGAUGAGGAGUCCAAGGAGCUCGGAAACAUCGCCAGCGGGAUGAAAUCCUUCAUUAGUAAAAUAUCAGGUUAUGAGGGCGCCGAAUUUCCUAGUUCGAAAAAUGAUUGCGACGUCGACUUCGAUCCUGAUGCAUUUCUUCAAUCAAUUUACAAGUUUACAAAAGUUCAUAUCAACGACAAUGAUGACCUGUCAGAGCAAGAUAGUGAUAAUAAUGACGAUAUAGAAUUUGAUUCAUCAGGUAAGAUAAUAUAUUCCAAUCUUAAAUUAUACCGCAUGAGUGAAGUACAGAAGUAUAUGGAUCAAAUGGAUCAGGAGCUAGCUCCAACAACCAUGGGCAAGAGUUUUACUAAAGCUAAAGAUAACAUUGACGAUAACGGAUCGAAGAUGUCGCAAGAUAAUGUUGGCCAAAAAGAUGUUCUUGACACGGAUGAUCUUGAUAACUAUAAGCCGAUAGAUGUAGAUAUCAAUUUAGUUAAAAAUAUUCUAGAGUCAUACAGCGCUCAGCAAGGGUUGCCUGGCCCUGCUACAAAUAUCUUACAAUCUAUGAAUAUCAAGAUUCCCGACGAUGCAGUUGAAUAA